GGCCAACUUAGCAGCAAGCCCUGUGUGGGGAGGCUGUCAGAACCCAAGUUACCCGUCCCUUCCACAGCAAGCAACUGCGCGCGGAGUCUGAGUCUGGGCCUCCAGCCGGGGUCUCGGGAGGAACGCGUGCUCCGCCCUGCUUUCGGCCACCCUCCUCCUUUCCUAGCACAAGAGCCGAAAGGCCGCAGCCUCUCCAGCAUCCUCCCUCCAGGCUGUACGAAACGGCUGCCGGGUUUAGCUCCGAACUGAGACUAAUCUUUUGCCGCCGCCCCUUACCCAGCCCACGCCUCCUGCAGUACCGAACUUCAUUUUCCAGUGUCUCUGGUGUUCCCAGGGUCCGAGGCCCACCGCACUCUGGGAGUGGUAGUUCACACGGGCCGCUGGCCUCGACAAGAACAAUGGGAGGAGUCUGGGUCAAGAACCACAUCUCCCGGUGGCCCCGGAGAUCGCUUUCUGGGUCGGGUCAGGACCCCAUAGUCCCAGCUCUCGCGGCCCUAGCUCGCCAGGAAGGAGCGAGGCGCUCGAACUACAUUUCCCAGAGGGCCCUGCGCCUCAUCCUCUCCCGCCGCGACGCGGGAGUCUAUGCUCUUCAGAUGCGGUCUAAGGGUGACGGCCGGCAGGUCUCGGACUCCCGCUCCCGUGGUGCCCCGCGCGCGGCCGGCCCAGCCCCCGGCUCCCGGCGACCCCGCGGCGGCGCUGGUGGUUGUCGUGAGCCGCCGCCGCCCCGCCCCUCCUCUGCUCCCCUCCCCCCCGGCCCUGCUUACGGGCCGCCCCUCCCCCCGCCUCCCCGGCCCCUCUCACGGUGCCAAGAUGGCGGCAGCGGCGGGCGGCGGCAGUUGCCCCGGGCCUGGCUCCGCGCGGGGCCGCUUCCCGGGCCGGCCGCGGGGCUCUGGCGGGGGCGGGGGCCGCGGCGGACGGGGCAGCGGGGCCGAAAGAGUGCGGGUAGCUCUGCGGCGCGGCGGCGGCGCGGCGGGGCCGGGCGGAGCCGAGCCCGGGGAGGACACGGCCCUGCUCCGUUUGCUGGGGCUCCGCCGGGGCCUGCGCCGGCUCCGCCGCCUGUGGGCCGGCCCGCGCAUUCAGCGGGGUCGGGGCCGGGGCCGGGGCCGGGGCUGGGGCUGGGGCCCGAGCCGGGACUGCCUGCUGGAGGAGGAGAGCAGUGACGGGGAGUCCGACGAUGAGGAGUUUCAGGGUUUUCAUUCAGAUGAAGAUGUGGCCCCCAGUUCCCUGCGCUCUGCGCUCCGAUCCCAGCGAGGUCGAGCCCCCCGAGGUCGGGGCCGCAAGCAUAAGACGACCCCCCUUCCGCCUCCUCGCCUAGCAGAUGUGGCUCCUACCCCCCCAAAGACUCCUGCCCGGAAACGGGGUGAGGAGGGCACAGAACGGAUGGUGCAGGCACUGACUGAACUUCUCCGGCGGGCCCAGGCACCCCCAGCCCCCCGGAGCCGGGCAUGUGAGUCCUCCACCCCCCGUCGGUCUCGGGGGCGGCCCCCAGGACGGUCAGCAGGCCCCUGCAGGAAGAAGCAACAAGCAGUAGUGGUGGCAGAAGCAGCUGUGACAAUCCCCAAACCUGAGCCCCCACCUCCUGUUGUUCCAGUAAAACACCGAACUGGCAGCUGGAAGUGCAAGGAGGGGCCCGGCCCAGGACCUGGGACCCCCAAGCGUGGAGGACAGUCUGGGCGAGGAGGCCGUGGAGGCAGGGGCCGAGGCCGAGGCGGGCUCCCCCUCGUGAUCAAGUUUGUUUCAAAGGCCAAAAAAGUGAAGAUGGGACAAUUGUCCUUGGGACUUGAAUCAGGUCAGGGUCAAGAUCAACAUGAAGAAAGCUGGCAGGAUGCCACUCAAGGAAGAGUUGGGUCUGGACAGGGAGAGGGCCCCUGCUGGAGGAAGGAGCAGAAGCUGGAGGAGGACGGAGAGGAGGAGAAAGAAGCGAAAGACAAGGAGGAGGAGGAAGAGAAGGAAGAGCGAGCUGUAGCCGAGGAAGAGAUGGUGCCGGCUGAGGAAAAGGAAGAGGCGAAGCUGCCGUCACCACCCCUGACUCCUCCAGCCCCUCCACCUCCUCCUUCCCUCCCACCCCGCUCAACAUCUCCUCCAUCCCCACUUUGCCCUCCACCACCCCCAGUGUCUCCUCCGCCCCCACCAUCCCCUCCACCACCUCCUGCCCCAGAGGAGCAGGCAGAAUCCCCUCCUCCCGUGGUCCCAGCUACAUGCUCCAGGAAGAGGGGCCGGCCUCCCCUGACUCCCAGCCAGCGGGCAGAGCGGGAAGCUGCUCGGGCAGGGCCAGAGGGCACCUCUCCUCCCACUCCAGUCCCCAGCUCCACCACAGGAGGCCCUCUGGAAGACAGCCCCACUGUGGCCCCCAAAAGUACCACCUUUCUGAAGAACAUCCGGCAGUUUAUCAUGCCCGUGGUGAGUGCCCGCUCUUCCCGUGUCAUCAAGACGCCCCGGCGAUUUAUGGAUGAAGACCCGCCCAAACCCUCAAAGGUGGAGGUCUCACCUACUCUACGGCCUCCUGUUGCCACCUCCCCACUCGCACCACAGGAACCAGCACCAGCCCCGUCUCCACCGCGUGCCCCAACUCCUCCACCUACCCCAGCCCCACUCCCUGAGAAGAGACGGUCCAUCCUAAGGGAACCCACAUUUCGCUGGACCUCACUGACCCGGGAACUGCCCCCUCCUCCCCCUGCUCCUCCACCGGCCCCACCCCCGCUUCCUGCACCCGUCACUCCGUCCCGGAGGCCCCUGCUCCUUCGGGCCCCUCAGUUUACCCCAAGCGAAGCCCACCUGAAGAUCUACGAAUCGGUGCUUACUACUCCUCCUCUUGGGGCCCCUGAAGCCCCUGAGCCAGAGCCGCCUCCCGCCGAUGACUCUCCAGCUGAGCCUGAGCCGCGGGCAGUGGGCCGCACGAACCACCUCAGCUUGCCUCGAUUUGCCCCUGUGGUCGCCACUCCUGUUAAGGCCGAGGUGCCGCCUCCUGGGGCUCCAGCUCCAAGCAGUGGGCAGCAGCCUCAGGCUCAGCUGCAGCAGCCCGUACAGGCCUUGCACACCCAGCUGCUGCCUCCAGCACUACCACCACAGCAGUCACAACUACAGCCGCAGUUACAGCUGCAGCCGCCGCCACCACAGCAGCCGCCACCACUGGAAAAGGCCCGGACUGCAGGCCUGGGUUCCUUACCACUGUCUGGUGUGGAGGAGAAAAUGUUCAGCCUCCUCAAGAGAGCCAAGGUGCAGCUAAUCAAGAUCGACCAGCAGCAGCAGCAGAAGGUGGCAUCUUUGAUGCCGUCAAGCCCUGGAGGGCAGAUGGAGGAAGUCGUGGGGGCUGUCAAGCAGAUCGCAGACAGAGGUUCUGUCAGGUCUGAAGAUGAAUCGAUGGAAACUAAGAGAGAGAGACCGUCGGGCCCCGAGUCCCCUGUGCAAGGGCCCCGCAUCAAACAUGUCUGCCGUCACGCUGCUGUGGCCCUUGGUCAGGCCCGGGCCAUGGUACCCGAAGACGUCCCCCGCCUCAGUGCUCUCCCUCUCCGGGAUCGGCAGGACCUCGCCACGGAGGAUACGUCGUCAGCAUCUGAGACUGAGAGUGUCCCAUCUCGGUCCCGGCGGGGAAAGGUGGAGCCAACAGGGCCUGGGGGAGACUCAGAGCCUGCGGGGUCUGGAGGGACCCUGGCACAUGCACCCCGGCGCUCACUGCCCUCCCAUCAUGGCAAGAAGAUGCGGAUGGCACGGUGUGGACACUGUCGGGGCUGCCUGCGUGUGCAGGACUGUGGGUCCUGUGUCAACUGCCUGGACAAGCCCAAGUUUGGGGGCCCCAACACCAAGAAGCAGUGCUGUGUAUACCGGAAGUGUGACAAGAUAGAGGCUCGGAAGAUGGAACGGCUGGCCAAAAAAGGCCGGACGAUAGUGAAGACGCUGUUGCCCUGGGAUUCCGAUGAAUCUCCUGAGGCCUCCCCUGGUCCUCCAGGCCCACGCCGGGGGGCGGGAGCUGGGGGGCCCCGGGAGGAGGUGGUGGCCCCCCCGGGGCCCGAGGAGCAGGACUCCCUCCUACUGCAGCGCAAGUCAGCCCGGCGCUGCGUCAAACAGCGACCCUCCUAUGAUAUCUUCGAGGACUCGGAUGACUCAGAGCCCGGGGGUCCCCCUGCUCCUCGGCGUCGGACCCCCCGAGAGAAUGAGCUGCCAGUACCAGAACCAGAGGAGCAGAGUCGGCCCCGCAAACCCACCCUGCAGCCUGUGUUGCAGCUCAAGGCCCGAAGGCGCCUGGACAAGGACGCUUUGGCCCCUGGCCCUUUUGUCUCUUUUCCCAAUGGCUGGACUGGAAAACAAAAGUCCCCUGAUGGCGUGCACCGGGUUCGUGUGGAUUUUAAGGAGGAUUGUGAUCUGGAGAACGUGUGGCUGAUGGGCGGCCUGAGCGUACUCACCUCCGUGCCAGGGGGACCACCGAUGGUGUGCUUGCUGUGUGCCAGCAAAGGCCUGCAUGAGCUGGUGUUCUGCCAAGUCUGCUGUGACCCUUUCCACCCAUUCUGCCUGGAGGAGGCCGAGCGGCCCCUGCCCCAACAUCAUGACGCUUGGUGCUGCCGCCGCUGCAAGUUCUGCCAUGUCUGCGGGCGCAAAGGCCGGGGAUCCAAGCACCUCCUGGAGUGCGAGCGCUGCCGCCAUGCUUACCACCCAGCCUGCCUGGGGCCCAGCUACCCAACCCGGGCCACACGCAAACGGCGCCACUGGAUCUGCUCAGCCUGCGUGCGCUGUAAGAGCUGUGGGGCGACUCCAGGCAAGAACUGGGACGUCGAGUGGUCGGGAGAUUACAGCCUCUGCCCCAGGUGCACCCAGCUCUAUGAGAAAGGAAACUACUGCCCAAUCUGCACACGCUGCUAUGAAGACAACGACUACGAGAGCAAGAUGAUGCAGUGCGCCCAGUGUGACCACUGGGUGCACGCGAAGUGUGAGGGGCUCUCAGAUGAAGACUAUGAGAUCCUUUCGGGGCUGCCAGACUCGGUGCUGUACACCUGUGGGCCAUGUGCUGGGGCCACGCACCCCCGCUGGCGAGAGGCCCUGAGUGGGGCCCUGCAGGGGGGCCUGCGCCAGGUGCUCCAGGGCCUGCUGAGCUCCAAGGUGGCAGGCCCACUGCUGCUGUGCACCCAGUGUGGGCAGGAUGGAAAGCAACUGCACCCAGGGCCCUGUGAUCUGCACGCUGUGAGCCAGCGCUUUGAGGAUGGCCACUACAAGUCCGUGCACAGCUUCAUGGAGGAUGUGGUGGGCAUCCUGAUGAGGCACUCGGAAGAAGGAGAGACGCCGGAGCGCCGGGCUGGAGGCCAGACGAAGGGGCUCCUACUGAAGCUGCUAGAGUCUGCGUUCGGCUGGUUCGACGCCCACGACCCCAAGUACUGGCGACGGAGUACCCGGCUGCCCAACGGAGUCCUCCCCAAUGCCGUGUUGCCCCCUUCCCUGGACCAUGUCUACGCUCAGUGGAGGCAGCAGGAACCAGAGACCCCAGAAUCAGGGCAGCCUCCAGGGGAUCCCUCAACAGCUUUCCAAGGCAAGGAUUCAGCUGCUUUCUCACACCUGGAGGACCCCCGUCAGUGUGCGCUGUGCCUCAAAUAUGGGGAUGCAGACUCUAAGGAGGCAGGGCGGCUUCUGUACAUCGGGCAGAAUGAGUGGACACACGUCAACUGUGCCAUCUGGUCAGCCGAAGUGUUCGAAGAAAAUGACGGCUCCCUCAAGAACGUGCACGCUGCUGUGGCUCGAGGGAGGCAGAUGCGCUGUGAGCUCUGCCUGAAGCCUGGAGCCACGGUGGGCUGCUGCCUUUCCUCCUGCCUCAGCAACUUCCACUUCAUGUGUGCCCGGGCCAGCUACUGCAUCUUCCAGGAUGACAAGAAAGUUUUCUGCCAGAAACACACAGACCUGCUGGAUGGCAAGGAGAUCGUGACCCCUGACGGUUUUGAUGUCCUCCGCCGAGUCUAUGUGGACUUUGAGGGUAUCAACUUCAAGCGAAAGUUCUUGACGGGGCUUGAACCUGAUGCCAUCAAUGUGCUCAUUGGCUCCAUCCGAAUCGACUCCUUGGGCACUCUCUCUGACCUCUCAGACUGCGAGGGACGGCUCUUCCCCAUUGGCUACCAGUGCUCCCGUCUGUACUGGAGCACAGUAGAUGCUCGGCGGCGCUGCUGGUAUCGGUGUCGAAUUCUGGAGUAUCGGCCAUGGGGGCCGAGGGAAGAGCCGGUUCACCUGGAGGCGGCAGAGGAGAACCAGACCAUUGUGCACAGCCCCGCCCCUUCCUCAGAGCCCCCAGAUCAUGUGGACCCCCCACCAGAUACAGGUGCCCUUAUCCCUAGAGCUCCUGAGCACCACUCACCCGUUGAGAACCAGGACCCCCCACUUCGGCCGGAUCCAAGCAGCGCCCCACCUCCAGCCCCCCGCUCCUUCUCGGGGGCUCGAAUCAAAGUGCCCAACUACUCACCAUCCCGGAGGCCCUUGGGGGGUGUCUCCUUUGGACCCCUGCCCUCCCCUGGAAGCCCAUCUUCUCUGACCCACCACAUCCCUACGGUGGGAGACCCGGACUUCCCAGCUCCCCCAAGACGCUCCCGUCGUCCCAGCCCCCUGGCUUCCAGGCUGCCACCAUCACGGCGGGCCUCUCCCCCUCUCAGAACCUCUCCUCAGCUCAGGGUGCCCCCUCCUACCUCAGUCGUUAGAGCCCUCACACCUACCUCAGGGGAGCUGGCUCCCCCUGGCCGGGCCCCAUCUCCUCCACCACCCCCUGAAGACCUGGGCCCAGACUUUGAGGACAUGGAGGUGGUGUCAGGACUGAGUGCUGCUGACCUGGACUUUGCGGCCAGCCUGCUGGGGACUGAGCCCUUCCAGGAAGAGAUUGUGGCUGCAGGGGCGGUGGGGAGCAGCCACGGGGGCCCAGGGGACAGCUCGGAGGAGGAGGCCAGCCCCACCCCCCGCUACGUCCACUUCCCUGUGACUGUGGUGUCUGGCCCUGCCCUGGCCCCUGGAGCCCUCCCUGGAGCCCCCCGCAUUGAACAGCUGGACGGAGUGGAUGAUGGUACCGACAGUGAGGCCGAGGCAGUCCAGCAGCCUCGGGGCCAGGGGACUCCACCUUCAGGGCCAGGAGCAGGCCGGGCUGGGGUCAUCGGGGCUGCAGGGGACAGGGCUCGACCUCCCGAGGACUUGCCGUCAGAAAUUGUGGAUUUCGUGUUGAAGAACUUAGGGGGGCCUGGGGAGGGGGGCGCUGGGCCUAGAGAGGAGCCACUCCCCCCAGCACCUCCCUUGGCCAAUGGCAGCCAGCCCCCUCAGGGCCUGCCCCCUAGCCCAGCUGACCCCACCCGGACGUUUGCCUGGCUCCCUGGGGCCCCAGGGGUCCGGGUAUUGAGCCUGGGCCCUGCCCCCGAGCCCCCCAAACCUGCCACAUCCAAGAUCAUCCUGGUCAACAAGCUGGGGCAAGUGUUCGUAAAGAUGGCAGGGGAGGGUGAACCUGUCUCACCCCCAGUGAAGCAACCACCUCUGCCCCCUCCCAUCCCCCCCACGGCCCCUGCUUCCUGGACUCUGCCCCCAGGACCCCUGCUGGGUGUGUUGCCAGUAGUAGGGGUGGUCCGCCCUGCCCCUCCCCCACCCCCCCCUCCACUGACGCUGGUGUUGAGCAGUGGGCCCCCCAGCCCACCCCGCCAGGCCAUCCGUGUCAAAAGGGUGUCCACCUUCUCUGGCCGUUCCCCACCAGCACCUCCCCCAAGCAAAACUCCCCGGCUGGAGGAAGAUGGAGAGUCCUCGGAGGACCCCCAGCAGGGUCCAGGGCUUUGUGGCAGCGGGUUUAGCCGAGUGAGGAUGAAAACGCCCACUGUGCGUGGAGUUCUCGACCUGGAUGAACCUGGGGAGCCCACCUGGGGGGAAAGCCCGAGGCCCCUCCAGGACCGGUCCCCUCUGCUGCCACUUCCAGAAGGUGGUCCUCCCCGGGCCCCCGAUGGUCCCUCUGACCUGCUGCUUGAGUCCCAGUGGCACCACUACUCAGAGAUACGAGACAUCAGUAUGCAGGAUGGGGGCACGUGGAGCAGUUCUGGCUGAUGGACUCAGUGAAGCUGGAAGGGCAGUGCUCUGUUGGUCAUGGAGGGCAGUGGGAGAGGGAGUAGGCUACAGCCAAGUAAGCUGAUAAUUGAGCAGACUGAGGCUCGGAAUUCCUUGUGGCCCCGAGUCCUGUCCUGAUGUGUGGAUUUUCUCAUUAUGUAGAGCUAAGCUGCUGAGUAUGGAAGUUGAAUGAAGUAGACUGAGACUGUUUUACUGAAAGGCUACUUACAGGGGUCGGAGAUGGCAUGAGGAUAUGGCAGUGACCAUGACAGACAGGUCCCUGCCCAUAGGGACCAGACCACAUUUUGCUAGAGGAAGCAGAUGCAUAAUUAACAAGCGCAUUCUAGCUUAGGAUGAGCACCAUGAGAAAGAAGAAAGUGAGGGUGUGCCCAGGCGAGGCCUCUGUGGUUGUGCUCAGGGAACAGAAUGGAAGUGAGGAUGGGGAAAGGUGGCAGAAGUCAGAGGUGGACCCUAGGGCAUUGCGAGGCCCAAGGAUGAUGUGGGACACAUAGCAAGAGUUAGGUUUAGAGUCUUGCUUAGGGCUGGAAGGGCAUAUAGGCAGGUUGGCCCAGAGCAGUUCUGUGGGGAGAAAGUGUGGCCAUGUGACUCCUGCCCCUCCUAAAGUAUGCUCCACUCAAACGUAUGCCCCCCACCCCACUCAACCCAGGUACAAUGGUCAGGCCUCAGUCCACAUCCUGCUUGAGCCAGUAGCAGCAUUUGGUGUGCUGAUCCCUCCCUCCUUGAAGCAUUUCCUUUCCUGGCUUCCAGCACCCCAGCCCUCUCCUCACCUCUGGCUGUGCCUCCUCACUGCCCCAGCCUGUCAGCUUUGGUGUGUCCCAGGCUCUGGCCUUGACUUCUCUAAUCUCCACUCACUCCCGAGUGCUCUUGUCUAACUUCCUGACUCUAAACCCCAUCUCUAAUUCUGAUAGCCCCCAAAUCACUAGCCAGGCUCUUAUAUCCUGCUGCCUGUUCGCCAUCUCCACAAGCAAGUUGAAAGGGGAGGUUUUCUAAGAGGAAUCUCAGGCUCAACAUGUUCCAAACUGAGUUCUUGACCUGGACCCCAAACUCGUUUCUCCCUCACCAUCACCAUCUCACUCAGUGACCAUUUUAUCCUUCCAGUUGUUCAGGCUCCACACCUCAAGAAUUGUCCUUGAUGCCCCCUUUUCUCUCACAUCCACCUCACCUGUGUCAGCUAGUCCUAUCUGUUCUAGCUUUAAAAUUUUUAGCCCCUGAGAAAUCCAUCAUAGCGUACGUAUACUUGAUUCUGUGAGUAUGGGCCUUUAUAAUAAUAUAUUGGUAAUCUUUACAGCAACGUGGUACACAUAAGAAAAAUACAUGUGCAAAAUAUAGUAGUUCUCCAGUAUUUUAAAUUUUGUGUGAGAUGCAGAAAAAUGAGGAAUAGAUUGGCAUUUACGGUAGACUGAGUUUGAGUGAGCCGUAAGCAUGUCCUGCAGUAAAGAGACUGUAGGCCCUUUAGAAAAAAUAAUGUCCAUUCUAUAGGUUUCACUGGGCAAAUAUUGCAGGAGGAAGGCCCUCAGACCCAGCAACUGUGCUUAUACGCGGGCAGGAAGGAAGGGCAGAGGGGAACCAGGAGGGGUGAGCCUCACCAACUCUGAUCUGCUCCUUGGGACCAGGUGAGGCUUCAAGCUCUGAGGAAGAGCCUCCAUCCCCAGAGGACAAAGAGAACCAGGCCCCUAAACGGGCUGGCCCACACCUGCGUUUCGAGAUCAGCAGUGAGGAUGG